AUGAAGUCCCUCGCCCUGCUUACGGCCUCGGCCUUGCUGGGCAGUGCUGCCGCCGAGGUGCACAAGCUGAAGAUCAACAAGGUCCCUCUCGAGGAGCAGCUGAAAACACACAGCUUUGAUGACCAGGUCCGCGCCCUGGGUCAGAAGUACAUGGGCUACCGCCCCCAGUCUCAGGACAACAUCUUCCAGGAUACCUCUCUGAAGGGUUCCGCGGGCCACGAUGUGCUGGUGGACAACUUCAUGAACGCCCAGUACUUCUCCGAGAUCUCUCUCGGGACUCCUCCCCAGACCUUCAAGGUCGUUCUCGACACUGGCAGCUCGAACCUGUGGGUUCCAUCUUCCGAGUGCAACUCGAUCGCCUGCUUCCUCCACACUAAGUAUGACUCGUCCUCGUCGAGCACCUACAAGAAGAACGGCACCGAGUUUGAGAUCCGUUAUGGAUCCGGUAGCCUGAGCGGCUUUGUCUCUCAGGACACGCUGCAGAUCGGUGACCUGAAGGUCAAGAAGCAGGACUUUGCCGAGGCUACCAACGAACCCGGAUUGGCCUUUGCUUUCGGUCGGUUCGACGGCAUCUUGGGUCUGGGCUACGACACCAUCUCCGUCAACAAGAUGGUGCCUCCCUUCUACAACAUGCUCAACCAGGAUCUUCUGGAUGAGCCCGUAUUUGCGUUCUACCUGGGUGACACCAACAAGGAGGGCGACAACUCUGAGGCCACCUUCGGUGGUCUGGACAAGAGCCACUACACGGGCGAGUUGACCAAGAUUCCCCUGCGCCGCAAGGCCUACUGGGAGGUGGAAUUCAACGCCAUCAGCUUCGGCGACAACACCGCCGAGCUGGAGAACACCGGUAUUAUCCUGGAUACCGGCACGUCGCUCAUUGCUCUGCCUUCGACUCUUGCCGAGCUUCUGAACAAGGAGAUUGGUGCCAAGAAGUCCUUCACUGGCCAGUACACCGUCGAAUGCGAGAAGCGUGACUCGCUGCCCGACCUCACCUUCACCCUCAGCGGCCACAACUUCACCAUUGGCCCGUACGACUACAUCAUGGAGGUCCAGGGCUCCUGCAUCAGCAGCUUCAUGGGCAUGGACUUCCCCGAGCCCGUCGGCCCUCUGGCAAUUCUGGGUGACUCCUUCCUGCGCCAGUGGUACAGCGUCUACGACGUGGGCAACAACGCUGUCGGUCUGGCCAAGGCCAAGUAA